AUGGCUAGAACGCUCCGCCAUAUCCUACCACAAGUGAUCAAGCACCCUCACGCCUACCUCCGCGAAUUGGACAUGCUCACAGAGAGAGAGAAGGCCUGUCUGCGGAGCUGGAAUUCGGCUCUUCCUGCCUCACCUAAGGCGUGUGUUCACGAUGCUAUCCUUGAAAAUUGCCUGAACCUAUCGGAUAGGCCAGCCGUUAGUGCCUGGGACGGGGAACUCACCUAUCACGAUCUUUAUGAACUAUCAACCAGCCUGGCCAUACAUUUACGGGCACUGGAUUUGCCUCAAGGAACAAUCAUACCCUUGUGUUUCGAAAAGUCCAAAUGGGCGAUUGUGGCGGCAUUGGGAACUCUUCGCAGUGGUGCAGCAUACGUUUUCGUUGACCCGGAUUCACCUCAUUCCCGCAAAGUUACCAUAUGCGAGGAUAUCAACGCGAAGGUGAUGCUUUGCUCUCCGGCACAGUUGCCCAAGGCCGAAAAACUAGUUCCGCAAGCCAUCACGGUGGAAACAGUGACUCAAGAUACACCUAUCAAGGCGAAUGGCGCAACGGUUACGCUCCCGUCGGUGAAAUUCGACGACCCGGUAUACGCUGUGUUCACCUCGGGCUCGACGGGCAGACCGAAAGGAGUUGUCAUCGAACAUGGUGGGUUCUUCCAGCGGGCGAUGGCUAAUGGGCCUGACCUCUCUCUAUCAUGUGAGACACGGGUGCUGCAAUUUGCCAGCUUUGUCUUUGAUGUUGCGAAUCGUGAUAUCUUGUAUACUCUGAUCUUUGGGGGCUGUAUUUGCAUUCCAUCCGAGUCGCAACGUUCCAAUGACCUUGCCGGAUUCAUCAAUCAAAAGGAGGUCAACUGGAUCAGCAUCACCCCAUCGGUUGCUAAGCUAAUGCAGCCGUCUGCCAUUCCUACUGUUCGCCACAUGGUCUCCUGUGGAGAGGCUAUGACCUCGAAUAUGAUUGCUGAAUGGGCUGACAGUCUCCAGUUGAUUAAUGCCUACGGACCGUCUGAGGCGACAACUAUCAGCUCCAUCCAGACCGAUUGCACGGCAAAGACCUGCCCUACCAACAUCGGUAAGGGCUCUGGUAGCGUUCUAUGGAUUGUUGAUCCAGCAGAAUACAACCGUUUGGUCCCUAUCGGAGCGAUUGGGGAAUUAGUGAUCGAGAGUCCUAGUGUGGGAAAGGGCUAUAUCAAUCGUCCUGUGGAGACGAAAUCCUCCUUUUUAUCUACAACCAGCUGGCUUCCACUAUUCCGCAAUGGCGACCCAGCCAUGCGUCUCUAUAAAACCGGAGACCUGGUACAAUAUGAUACCGACGGUAACAUUCAGUUUCGAGGUCGCAAAGAUGCGCAAGUCAAGAUUCGAGGCCAGAGGGUCGAUCUUGGCGAGAUUGAGCAUUGGAUUCAAAAGUGCAUCCCCCCUGGAAAGGAGUUGAAGACAGUUGUGGAAUUCAUUACCCCUCUUGGGCGUGACACCGGCUUGUUAGUGGUCUUCCUCGCACCGUGUGGCACCCAAGGCAGCCGUCUACAGGAGAUUCAGGCGGAUGUGCGGACUUUUAUCUCCGGGAUGACCGAUGCGUUAUCCCAGAAUCUACCGGAGUAUAUGAUUCCAAGAGUCGUUUACCCAGUGGAGAACAUCCCAAUGACAGCAACUGGAAAAACGCAUCGACAAAGGCUGCGCCAGGUCGGCGAAUCUCUGACGAUCGAAGAACUCAUGUCUCCGUUACAAAGCUCUUCUACGGCUGAGCCUCUUUCGGAAAGUCUGAGAGACCCAAUCGGUCAAAUGAUGUUGAGACUGUGGGCUUCCGCACUGGGGGUUAAUCCUUCUUCUAUCGGAUCCCACGAUAGUUUCCUCGGCCUAGGAGGAGAUUCGAUCAUGGCAAUUCGCGUCACAACUCAAGCUCGGUCAGAGGGCAUCGAUUUGUCAGUCGCAGAUAUGAUGGAGUACAAAACGCUGGGCGAUUUAGUGGAAAGCCUACUUGGAAGACCGAGGAUAUGCCACACGGCCAUGCACACCGAACCGUUCUCACUUGUGGACCUCGCAAUUUCAUCAGGUAUUCGAGAAAAAGACUCCGGAGACAUUAUCGACAUUCUGCCCACGACAGAAGCACAGAAUUUCUUCUUGACGCAGUGGACUGUUAGCUGCUAUACUUGCAUGCUGCAAGGGGAAAUCGACGUCAGUCGACUACACGCUGCAUGUAAGGCAGUAGUCGCAAGGCAUAGCAUCCUGCGUACAUUCUUCGCCAAAGUCGGGCCUCGUUUUAUGCAGGUGUUGUUGAAUUCUUUUGAUCCUCCAUUCGAUCAGCACAAGGCUGAUACCAGUCUGGAAGCUGCCUGCCCAGUAGCGGUAGAGAGGAUCAUUGCCGAGACGACCCCCAUUUCCACGCGACCCAUUGUUGGGUUCACACUGAUCUCUGAAACCUCUCAAAGACAUGCUUUGCUCAUCCGAGUGUCGCAUGCUCAGUAUGAUGGAAAUACCUCUCCCAUAUUUUUCCGGGAUAUUUCGGUGGCGUACAACAAUGUUCAGGGAGUCCUUCCAACUGCAACCCCUUUCAGUCGUUAUCUCUACGCUCGCUCCAUGGCCCCAUCUGACAAGGUCUUUGACUUUUGGCGACAGAACUUUCAAGGCGCGUCUAUGACUGUGCUUGGCCCGUCCAUUCUCAACGGCAGCCAGUCGUCACCCGAAACGAGAAUCAUUGCACCCGCUUCUGGGCCGCUUCCAGCUUCGCUAGGUGAUCUGACCGUACCGACGUUGAUCAAUGCAGCAAUCAGUCUUCUCCUCGCAGACCUAAUCAAGCAUGAAGACGUCAUCUUUGGAACAGUCAUGGACACUCGGACGCUGGGCUUCCCUGGCAUCGAGACCACUCUUGGACCAUGCAUCAACAUCAACCCGCUACGUGCCCAAUUCAAUCGGAACAUGACAUUCCGAGAACUCUGUUACUCUCUUCAAUCUCAAUAUGCCAAGGUGACGAGAUACGCCUACAGCGAUUUGUCAGAUAUCGUUGCCAACUGCACAGAUUGGCACCCAGAGACCAAGUUGGGCUGUAUUGUGAACCACCUUCGCCCUGACGAAGGCCCAGCACCACUAUCUCUGGAUGGUACGCGCUGUACAUUCUUCAAGAAGACCGCCUAUAUUACUUUAUCCCAACAAGUGCUUUUCCGUUGUAUUACGGGCAGGGACAGGUUGGACAUCCAGGUUCUUACGUCAAGUACGAUGAUGAACAGUGCCAUGGCUCAGUCGCUUGCUGACAGGCUUGUCACUGGCGUCCGUGUACUUGCCAAUUCUCCUGACAUCCCCAUUGAGAAGCUUUCCAUCUAA